AUGUCCUUCCUCUACCAAACAACUCCCGUGCUUCGUGCCGCGGUUCGAUCUUCUGUGGCCCGCUCGUCGCCUCGCCUAUUUUCUACCACGGUCAUUCGCAAGAAAUCCGCCACCGAAACCGUCAAAGACGGCCUCAAGACCGUCGAUCGAGCAGUUUCAGAUGUCGCAGUUGCCGGCAUCGACAAAGGAGUCGAACUGAAAGACAAAGCCGCCGAAGUCAUCGGUGUCGAAAGCAAGAAGGCCGAAGGUACCGCCUCACAAGUUGCCGGCGAAGCCAAAGGAAAAGCCGCCGAAGUCACGGGCCAGGCGAAGGGCAAAGCAGAGGAAAUGAAGGGGAAGCUGUCAUGA